UCCGGGGAGACUGGAUAUAGUGAAUGCGGGGUCCGGGGAGAGCGGAUAUAGUGAAUGCGGGGUCCAGGGAUAUAGGAUAUAGUGAAUGCAGGGUCCGGGAGAGAGCGGAUAUAGUGAAUGCGGGGUCCGGGAGAGCGGAUAUAGUGAAUGCAGGUUUCGGGGAGAGCGCAUAUAGUGAAUGCGGGGUCCGGGGAGAGCGGAUACAGUGAAUGCGGGGUCCGGGGAGAGCGGAUACAGUGAAUGCGGGGUCCGGGGAGAGCGGAUACAGUGAAUGCGGGGUCCGGGGAGAGCGGAUACAGUGAAUGCGGGGUCCGGGGAGAGCGGAUACAGUGAAUGCGGGGUCCGGGGAGAGCGGAUACAGUGAAUGC